UUCACAACCUUAAUUUCAAAAUGAGUUGAAUAAGUUUAAAAUUAUUAGUAUGUUGAAGAAAGUCGAUUAUGAACAUUAUUCCCUCGAGACUUUUACAGAGAGGCCUACUAAAAAACUACGGCCGAUCAAUUUUUAGUGAUUCUAAUAAGGACAAAUUUUGGAAAAAAUCAGGAUUUAAGUACAUAGCGAUAUCAGGUGCAAUAGCUACCCUUAUUGCAGCAACUUAUAUUCACAGACAAAAGUCUGAUUCGUAUUUGAGGAAUGUUAAUUUUGAAACAGCAGUAGAAAGGAAUUCUAAAAGCACCAUCAGAAAUCAGUUCAAUUUUAUAGAUAAGGUGGUGUCAAAAUGCGCCCCAGCUGUGUUUUACUUAGAAAUCCGCGACCCUUUCAAAAGAGACCCGGAAACCGGUGAUCCCGUCAUAACGUCCAACGGAUCCGGCUUCAUCAUAAGCAAAGAAGGCUGGGCUUUAACCAACGCCCAUGUGGUGCUCAAUAAGCCCCAGUCCACCAUUACGGCGAUAAUGAGAGACGGUAAAACCUACCCGGUGCAAGUUGAAGAUGCUGAUCUAAACAUAGAUCUGGCCUUGCUGAAACUGAACACCGACAAGGACUUGCCAAACCUGCCUUUCGCCAAAUCCGGAGACACCAACGUCGGAGAAUGGGUGGUCGCCUUAGGAAGUCCGUUGUCACUCAGUAACUCCGUCACUGUCGGAAUAGUGAGCAGUGCCAACAGACCAUCAGAAGAAUUGGGUUUGAAGAAUUAUUCGAUGAGUUAUAUCCAGACCGAUGCCUCCAUUACGUUCGGAAAUUCAGGCGGACCCCUUGUCAAUCUGGACGGACACGUAAUCGGAAUUAACAACCUCCGUCUCACUUCCGGGAUCUCUUUCGCCAUUCCAGUCGAAUACGUCACUAAGUUUUUAGAAAAUAGUAAGUUUAGAUUGAAGGAGACGGGAUUCAAAGGUAAAACCUUAUUUGGAAUAACAACAAUAUCAGUUAAUCGUCUGUCAACUGCGAAUGGAAAUGUGAAGAUGCCAAAAGAACUUACUGAAGGACUUUUAGUUUGGAACGUUAUUGAGGGAACUAUUGCUCACAGGUGUGGAUUGGAGAUUGGCGACAUAAUUACUCAUAUAAAUGGAGUUCCCAUAAAGGAAGCUAGCGAAUUGUACAGUUUGUCGGGUUCAGAUUCGCUGAUAACGCUGGACGUCAUGAAGCAAGGAAAGAAAACCAAACUCACGUUGGAUUUGUCAGCCCCUCAAUCAGUCCCGCAGUGAUCAUUUCCGCGUCCUCUCAGUAUUGGAGCAUUUUAAAGAAUGUGAAUCGCGUGAUUUUUAUUAAAUUGGUAACAAAAUGA